AUUACCCGGUAUAUAAAUAUCAAAGAGUCGCUGGUCUUGAAUUGAGAAUGUACCCAAACAUAACGCAUUUGGUGCUCAAAGCGUUCGAAUCGUGGACGGAAACAGCUCUGCCGGGACAGGACAGGAACCGCCUUCUCCACAUCAGAUCAGCAUUUUAAGCCACAUUCCAGUUGGGAUUUGUAUUAGGCCCAGAUAACCAGCUCUCACCAUGAAGUAUUUCGGCGGAGUCGAAGGCGGAGCCACCCACUCCAGACUGGUCAUCUGCGAUGAGAGCGGCCAGUCCGUGGGCUCCACCAGCGGCCUGGGCACCAAUCACUGGGGCAUCGGCAUCCCGGAGUGCGCCCGAAGGAUCGAGGACAUGGUGGAGCGGGCCAAGGAAGAGGCGGGCAUUCCAAAGGACACGCCCCUCAUCAGUCUGGGACUGAGCCUCAGCGGCUGCGAGCAGGAGGCCACCAAUCGCGAACUGGAGCAGGAGCUGCGCACCACGUUUCCGGAUCUGGCCCAGAGCUACGCCGUCUCCAGCGACACCAUGGGCAGCAUGUACACCGCCUCAUCCAUCGGCGGAAUGGUCCUGAUAUCGGGAACGGGAUCCAACUGCCUACUGCGCAAUCCUGAUGGUUCCACAUUCAAUUGUGGCGGCUGGGGCAACUUCCUCGGCGACGAGGGAAGCGCCUGGCACAUCUCGUACCGCGCCGUCAAGGUGGUGUUCGACCACAUGGACAACUUUGAGAAGUCACCGGCUCCCGUGGAGAAGACGUGGGCCCUGAUCAAGGACCACUUUAGCCUGGAGACGCGCUUGGAUAUGCUGCCCCACUGCUACGCCAAGUUCGACAAGCCCUUCUUCGCCAAUCUGUGCAAGAAGCUGUCGCAGAAUGCCGAGAACGGUGAUAAGCUGGCCAUCGGUUUGUUCCGUGAGGCAGGCGUUCAUCUGGCGCGGAUGAUCCUGUCCCUGCUGCCCAAUGUGCACAAGGAUCUGGUCAAGUCCGGCGACCUGAGUGUGGUGUGCGUGGGAUCGGUGUGGUCCAGCUGGGAACUGCUGCGGGAGGCCUUCAUCGCGCAACUGUCCAAGACGAGCAUCGACUUCAACCUCAAGCUGGUGCGGAUCACCAAGAGCAGUGCCUACGGAGCCUGCUACCUGGGAGCGGAUAGUGCGGACUUCGAUCUGCCCAGGAACUAUGCGGACAACGUCACGGUGCUGUACACCUACACCGAUCCUCGGAAGAAAGCCAACGGCACCAACGGCUUAGCUAGAUAAAUUGUAUUAGAUCAUCCAUUCCGAAAUAUAUAUACUUCCAAAUUGCCAACGAUGCAUGUGUGCAGUAGAGUUUGUCAGUUCAACUUCCAGAUAGUGCUACAAAUAUAUAGUAUUAUACGUAGUUUAUCAUUAAAAUAAGUAUUUUUAUCGCUUGAUAAAAUUUACCUUUUCCAAUCGUUAUCAAACCAUUAUCUCAAAGAUUUUUUUUUUUUUUUGGGUUUGUUAGAAAUACGUAUGAAAAUUUUAUUCGAUAAUGUUCAUUGUAUUAAUUGUAUGUGUCUCAAUGUUGGCUGUCGUAUAAUAGGCAUACACUGUGCGGCAUCUAUUUUGUAAUACUUUGAUUGUGUUUAAAGCCAAUUCGUUUUUUAAUUCGCCGUGCUGUCAUCAAUUCUUUGGCUAAUUUGUUUCUCAAAUCGGGGAGCAAAACAAGUAUGAUUUCUGUUUCGAAGCAAAGAAAUAUGGGAGGCCAAACAUAAUAUCUUAGGGGCUUAGAGUAGAGUAUUUGGGAUAGUGUACGAGUAGUUGAGUCGAAUGCCUCAGCAGGGGAAUCAAUAUUAUAUCUAUUAUAUAAUUGGAUAAAACAUUUUACGUACUGUAAGAUUGAACGCGACAUACCAAAAGAUAUUUCCAAUAAAAUCGAAUUCAAAUA